CACCUGUUGGCUAUGCGCCUGACGUGGGGCGUUCAGGUACUCCUCCUCCUCCUCGCUUACAACAUACAAAGACACAAAAUGGAGCUGGAACUACCUGGCUGAGGCGAAGUACAGUUGCGCGUAAUGUUAUGCAUAACCUGGAGGUUUUUUUUCCUGUGGAUUUGAUACAAUAAUAAUAUUAAAAGUCGACUGAGAACCAAAGAAAAGAGGAUAAAACAUGUUUUGGACGUUAAUCAUCGGCGCUUUGCUGGCUACAGAGUCCAUCAUGGGCAUCUCUGUCCAGUGUCCCACAAAGAGGUACAUUGUGAUCCUCUUCCAGCCCGUCACCCUCAACUGUAAUUACCAGACAACCGCCACUGGUCAGAGUCCUGUUGUCACAUGGAGGUAUAAAUCAUAUUGCCGGGACCCCAUCCAGGCUGCACUGAAUCCCAGCAGUGCGGAGAACAUCCUGUCUCAGAAUAACCCAAACUAUGACCCGAACAUCGAGUGUGCCGACAGCUUGAGGACUGUGCGCAUAGUGGCCUCCAAACAAGGCAAUGCUGUUACCCUCGGCUCGGAUUACCAGGGCCGCAAAAUCAGCAUCAUUAACAAUGCAGACCUGAAUAUUGCACAGACUGCAUGGGGCGACAGUGGUGUCUACGUCUGUUCUGUGGUCUCUUCUCAGGAUCUUUCAGGAAACAGUGAAGACUACACAGAACUAAUUGUUCUUGAGAGAAAGUCAAAUACUACUGACCUCCUGCCUGGCAUUGACUUACUGGUUAUGGAAGACUGGCUCCUGGUUGUUCUGGUGGUGUUGGGAUUCCUGUUGCUGUUGCUGCUCAUUGGAAUCUGUUGGUGUCAAUGCUGUCCACACACCUGCUGCUGUUACAUCAGCUGCCCCUGCUGUCCAGACCGCUGCUGCUGCCCACGAGCAUUGUACGAGGCAGGAAAAGCAGUGAAGAAAGGUGUGCCCAGUCACUAUGCCCCCACUCUCUAUGCUCCCAGUAUGUAUGCUCAGCCAGCAUACGGUGGCCCGCUAAUGAACCAGCCAGGCUUACCCCUGCUUCCUCUACCUAACGGUGCUGGAGCUCUACCACCCCCGAACGGUUACAGUCGAGAAUAUGAUGGUGCGAGCUCAGUGGGACAGGGAUCCCAGGUGCCUUUGCUUCAUGACCAAGACAGUGCAGUGGACCACACUCGCAGUGGGUAUCGCAUCCAGGUGGACCCUGACGGGAACGCAACACGUGCCAUUUACUAUAUGGAGAAAGAGCUUUCCAAAUUGGACCCAGCUAGACCUGCCAACUACAACCGCUUGGAUAACAUGAGUGAAGUCAGUUCCUUGCAUGAUAGCUUGGAGCCGCGAGGUCGUGGAGGUCGUUCCCAGCCACCACCUCUGGCCACAGUCUACGAUCGGGAUGAAGCAAUGAGCACAAUCAGUAGUGUUUCCCAGCAAGGCCACCACCGAGACGACUACCCACGCCGUGGUGGAGGAUACAUGGGGGAUCGUGUACGCGCCCGCUCCAUGGACAACCUUGACGAUAUUGGACGGCGCCAUGGCCGAGAUGACUACCCACCACACCGCCGUCCGGAUGAGCCCAGAGGCAGGAGAGGCUCUGAUGAUGGGUGGAGCAGUAGUGCCCGUAGCGGCCAUGACCGUGACUAUGAUGACCGCAGGCGCCGGGACUACUCCCCUGAUGAUCGUCGCAGAGGAGACGGAGGGGCCUACGGUGGUCUCCCAGGGAGACGCAGCCGCAGCCGUGAUGACCUGAUGGACCUGGAGAGGGAUCGCCAGUCUGGUGGUGGUGCCAGGGGCAGGCGUGAUGAUUACGAUGACAGCUUCCUGCGAGAAGCCAUGGAGAGGAAGAAGUUGGGAGAGCAGCAGAGGGCACGCAGCCGGGAUCGACUGGACAGCGAGAGUGACCGUUCGGAUCGCGGAAGAGUACCACGUGGACCCCCACCACUUCCUCAAAACCCACCUUCUGGAUACCCUGAUCGCCGUGAUAACUACCCACCUCCUCCACCUCCACCCUACAGUGAAGACGGAAGUGUGUCAUCUUCAAAGAAAAGCAACCUUCGCAAAAAUGGAGCUGUGAGUCGGGAGAGCCUGGUGGUGUAAAAAAAACAACAACAACCGUGACGUAAGCAACCUAUCCAGUAACGCAGCUUUGAUCCAUCUAUGAUUUCUAAGACUGUAAAUAUUUAGUCACACUGUUAAUUUGCUGUGCUAAUUUUUAUGUCGCAUAAUUUACGUUACACUUAUCAUAAAUUCGAUGCUGAAUGUCUAUGAACACUUCUUUUUUUUUUUUUUUUAAACAAAGAAGAGAUGCACAGAUGAAAAUGUUUGUGCCUUUUCAUGUAUAAAACAUUGUGGCUGCCACAAGUGCCUUAGCAUGUACAGAAUUUUACUUAUAGGUGUGAAAGUCAAGUUGGUAAACAUGUUUCAGUUUCAACUUUCUUAACAUUUUUAACUUUCAUGUAGUCUUAGCAGAUACGGGUAUUGAUGUAGAUUUGUAGGGGUCUAUAGAUUUUCUCUGACUUUUUUUAACUUGUGAAAAAUUACUUGUUUUUGUAAGAAAAACUUUGUACAUUUAAAGAAAUUGAUUUUAUCUUUGCUAUUAGUUGUGUUAGAGUGCUCAGCGUGUUUUAGAAACCUGGUGAACAAAAUGGUCUUGGUUAGUAUUUGUGUUUGAGUACUUUUAUUUGUUUUUUUACACAAAAUUUCACUUUUAACCAGCAGUAUAAUGUACAGCCAACCAGUAAUACACUCUGAAAAUGCAAAUGUUUAUUGUAAUGCGAUGAAAUCUAAUUUUGCAAUAAAGGUCUCUAUUGUCAGGCCA